AACUCGCUCAGUGCUUUUAGCGUUUGGUGUGGUCUACGCUACGUUUCGUCAUAAGAAAUGAAUUCCUAUACAUUUGAAUAGUGUUUAAGGCCUUACUCCGCCAUUACUAUUAAAAUUUCCUUGUUGUCAUUGUUUUACGUGAACUUAUUAAAGUAUCUUAACAGUGGAGUGAUGAAAUUAAGUUAUAUUCGUUCUUGGUUUAAGUGUGUUUGAAAACUAUAUUAUUUCCUCUUCUAUAUCGUAGAGAAACAAGCCUUUUCGGCCUCUAGGGACUGGAUUCAUUAUCACGUGGAAGCGCGCCACACGCAUUAAUUUUUACCAAUACAUCUAUUGUGAACCGGCUGAAGAUCGUCCUGGAGAAUGACCUCUAAUAGAACAGUGCAGUGCAAUAUUGUGUUAGUGUUGUGAAAGAGUGUAUAAGUGGGUCAUUAUAUAAUUUCGGGAUGAGUGAAGUAGGAAGCCCGCCCUGACGCGUCUUGCGCCGGCGUCCGCGGCGGGCGACGCUCGUGUCAUGGCCCCGGCGCUAACUGUGACACCCCAAUAUAACCACUACGACGCCGUCGAAGAAACUGAGAAGCUAUCCCACCGAAGACGGGCCCUCGCGUCCGUCGAUAACGUUUCUAUACCCAUGGAGGAAGACGAUAUGGGGCUUCAGAACCAACCCAGCCUGGCUAAGGACUCUCAGGAAAUGGAACAGAUCCUAGUAGAUUUAGGUAACAAUGACCUUGUUCAGGCUGAUUUACUACAAGCGAUCAAAACCUUGGAAAGUGGUGGCGACUCCCUGUCUACAGGCGACCCAGAUGGUAUGUUUCCCUUAAGUGGCUUCGAUCUAGCUGACACAGUCGAUUCAGAGAGCGAUGCUACCGAGGAUAAGAUAAGAUUAAUACAAGCGCGUUUAGAACGCCGGUGUGCGUUUCUAUUGAGACGUUUGAGAAUAUUGCAAGCGAGAGCAAUCGGCAAAAGAAUAUCAGAGGAAGCAUCACAGACUUUCGAAAAAUGUGCAAAGGGCGCACGGAGAGAUGGCGGUGGAAGGCCAAUGGGGCUGAAGGCUCUACUAAAAAGGAUAGAGACAACAGCCGCUUUACAAGCGAGUGCUGCAUCACGUUCUGUGGUCGGUCCUAAGUAUUACCGUGCAGGGACUUCGAAAGGUGAUGCCUCAAGAUCUGCCUCUAUUGGAAUACCUUCAGGGACUCUGACUGGUUUGGAAGAUUCGGCUGGUGCGCUGAGAUCACACUUAUCUGUAGUAAAACAUCAAUUGGAUUCUGAUGCAACAGCUUCGUCUUCUGGAGCCGAGAGCAACGAUGAGGCAGUCACCUACAACAACACUCACCAACAACCAAUGCCCAUCGAGAAGCGUGCAUUGUACUCGUGGCAGAAGGCGCGGGCUUCGAUCGCAGCUCGUUGGUGUUGGCUGCAGGUGCAGGUGCAGGAGUUGGAGUACAAGAUACGCCAGCAUACGGAACUACAUGCACAGGUCCGUGAAGCUAAAGGUCCGGUAGAAUUCGAAGUUAGUGGCGAAUCCCAGUUCGAAGACACGUGUUCCAGGGUCAGACCUCUCAGGAGGGACACGUUUAAUAAGAGAAAGCUGCUGCAGAUGCACAACUUACACAUAGCAACCAAUAAGGCCGCGAAACCAUCAGAUAUCAAUUGUCGUUGUGUGGGUAGUUCGUGUGCGGUGUGUACGGGACGGUUCGAGGCCACACAACCGGCGGCUCCGAGCGGAAUGCUACCACCAGCAGCGCGUCGGGCAUUAGUCGAUCCUUCGCAUCACCCUGUGCUCAGCGACGUUAAUGACCUUCGUCCGUCUGUUCAUCUAUCGGCGUUAACGUCACGCUCGUGGUUCAGAUCGCGAGUUACAAAGUCGUGGCGCGGAGCACACACCGGUACAGCACCGAGAGCGCCGCCAGCACCGCCCCCCAGACACAGGCGGCUAACAACUAAAUUGAAAAGAGGCCGGCCACCUUUAUCGCGUAAGAUAAGAGAAAGAGAGAGAGAUGAAGAUAGUGCUUCAGGACAAGAGAGGGGUCGAGGUCGGUCGAGUACUGAGAACCGUUUGUGGCGGCGGCAGUCUUACGACAUUGACAACAUCGUUAUACCUCAGAGCGUCGCCGCCAGCACUCGUCCGGAGAUACUCACCUAUAAAGAAAUUAUUACACCAAAAUGGAGAGUCAUGGAAAUACCAGAAACACCACUCAACAAUGGUGUGUCCAAGUCUAAUAGGAUGUCCAUAGAGAGUGAUGACGAGGAUAUAUCAGAGGCAGCGGUGCAGGCUCGUCACACACGGGCCGAGACACGAGAACGUAACAGAUAUCUCCGGAAGAGAAGAUCUAGGAGACGUAACACUGAAGAAGAGAAUAAUGAUCCCAUACCGGAAGUAGUGGUUCGACAGCCUACACCGCCUCUACAGGAGACAGUGCCACCUUACUCACCGAGGCAGUUCCCUCUCAAAGACGAUCUCUACCAGGACAUGUUAUCCAAAAUGCCAGAAGGUUAUCGACCCAUCAGCCCCGAGUUAGAUCCGGAUAUAACCAUGGAAGAAGACACGAGUUCCCUAUCACCGUUGUCACCUUUGAACUUUGAUGGUGAUGACCCCGAUGAUGCCGAAUGGAAUCCCAGCAAUGAGAAGUCAGAUAAAAGAAGAAGUACGCUUAGAUAAAUCACCAUUCACACAAACAACGGUAUUGAUGUUAAAUAAUUUAUUUUAUAAUAACAAUAUGACUUCAUAACUGGCCGUCUGAAUUUGUAAACAGCAUGUCAUUUAUUGAGGAUUAAAUUAACUUAAUCAUCAGGUUCUUGCGAGGAAUUACUGAGAUGUAAACUGACUAUCUCUGUAUGUGAUGGGACUUAACAACAAUAUGAUGCUGAAUGUAUGGGAAGGGUAUUAGAAUAGCUUUCUUUGAGACUAUUGUUGAUGUUAUAAUUUCUGGCAAAUUUAUAAGAAAUAGCGUCUUUAAUAUAAAAGUAUUGUUUGAAGAAAUCAAUAGCAUAAGAACAGUGAAUAUUGAGAGGGAUUGUUCUCAUUAGCCAAUGUAUGUACAAAGUUUAACUAAAUUGAUGUUAAAUUGAGCUGAACAAGCGUUAUAAGUAAUUUAUUAUUUAAAUACCCCAAGCAAAUAUUUUUCUUUUUUAACGAAACUGUUGUUGUUGUCACCAAGAAAUUUAGAAUUUUUUGAACCCAUCUUUUAAGAGCGGUUUCUAUUUAAAGUUAAUAUUUUAAUCAGCACUGAGCCAUGAUGUAUUAAUUGUUUGAAUGGUAAUUCAUAAAGACAAUAUCUACGAGAGGAUCUCAGAUAAAUAUUUUAUAUAUAUAUAACAUCUAUGGCUAUGUGGUAGACUUGUCCCCAAAGUUACCAGGCAGCGGAGCUAUGAUUUUGCUUGUUUUCAUUAGUGAUAAGUUUAGUUUUACACUGUUAUUAAUUAAAGGCGAUCGCUAAAUUUCAGAAGCUUUAUUACUAUUAAGAUGUAAAUAAUAUAUAAAAAUAUAUGUAUAUAUAAAUGAAGUGAAUGUUCGGUGUAUACAAUGAUGCUCCUAUAUGCAGUUGAUGUUGUUGAGAUCCAAUAGAUACGACUUUUCAUAGUAAAAAUAUUGUCUUUAUCAAAAAUGUGAUGUUAUAAAAAAAAAAAAGAUGAAUAUAAUAUCAUCGAUGUCUGUAGAUCUACCCUCACAUUCCCGAUUCAAUGUUUUCCGCUACUAGUGUAUGGUGUUUGAAAAAUUUUCUGUCUUAUUUCAAUGUUUCAAAGCAAAUUAAUAUUCGAUGUCGCCGUAUUAUAUGUUUGGGUAUUUUGUUUGUACAUAAUAAUAGUGGUACAUCUGCGUCUCCCCUCUCGAGAGGUGUUCCACAAAACAUUUCAUUAUAGGUUUAAUUCUAGUUUGUACUGGCCCGAAAACGCAAAGCGGACUGUAAAUAAUUUAGGGCUCUGAAUAGCAACUUAUAGACUGGUUAAAAAUAAUUUGAAUCUCUAUAAGAGUUCCGUAUUUCUCUACGAAAAAUUUCGUCUAUCAAACGUACCGGCCCGUUAUGAUUAUUAUUUUUUUACUAUUGUAUCCCCUCCCGUUUCAAUUUAAUGGAUUUUUUGCAGCGAGACAGUUAGAACGUGUCAAUAUGGCGUACAGGCAGGCAUUUUGGUUUUUAUUUUGUUAUUUGAUGUUUUGGCUUGUGGGGAAAGUUUAAAUGAAAGUGAACGAGUUCCAUAACAGGAGAAAGUGAUGUCUGGACCAUUGUUUGAGAAUUGUUUUAGUAUAAUGAAUAUUUGUUUUUUCAUAGAUUUUAAAAUUUCCCCCCAAGUCGUUGCUGGCAUUUUCUUUAAUUUUUUUUUUAAAGGGUGACAAAUUAGAUGAAGUAACAUUUUAAUAUUUUAAUUGAUAAGAAGCCAAAGUCUUCUUUAUGUUAAGCAUAGUUUAGGUUUAAUGUGACAAUUUGAGUCGAGCGCUUGAUAAAUGCAUUAUACAAUGUGUUGUAUAUGUUUAGUGAGCAGAAUGAGAAAUAAAGAUUGAUGAGUUA